AUGUCACGAACCGGUACCGGGUUGUGCGACUCCAGGUCUAUUCUGGACCGCAAGACAGAUGAAGUCCGGGUACCGUUACAAACCUGGUUGAAUGUUUGUGCGGUGAGAGAUCGAACAGCACCAGCUGAUGAGCAGAGACACCAGCGCAACACUGAUACCAUCAUCAACAGCACCGCCAACACCGAACUCAACUGGGUGCAGCAGUUUUGUUCUUCUGCAGAAGAUGGAAUCAUCAUGGAGUUCACAGAGCAGAGUGGAGAAGUCCCUGCCGUGGACAGAUACGAACAGGAGGCCAUGAUGAGUCACCUGCAUGGGUUACAGCUCAACCCUCCACUAAGAAACUUGGUACCCGAGCUGUUGCGGGCAGAGAUGUCAAUAGCAAUGGAGAAACUGGGCUGCUUGUACGAUCGCUCGUAUGCUUGGGACGUGUUCUCUGACAUGAUGAGAAGCCAGCUGCGCCUUACCCUGCACAGUGCUGACCUGCCCAAACCUUUUACUGAAACCACACGCGCCAUCUUGGUGGACUGGCUUAUUCAGGUUCACGAAGUCUUUAAUUUUUCAGAGGAGACUCUGUAUUUGACGGUGCACCUGCUGAACCGAGUGCUGCGACUUGUUAAAGUUUCUAUCAACAGUUUACAGCUGCUGGGCAUCGUCUGCCUCUUCCUCGCUGCCAAAAAAGAGGAAUGUUUGCUGCCUGAGGUAUCGGAGUUGUGUUACUUGAUGGCGAACACCUACAGUAAAAAGCAGUUGUUGCGGAUGGAGCGCAGGGUUUUGUGUGCGCUACGGUUUGAACUUUCUUACUCUUCGCCCAUCCACUUCCUGCUACUGACUGCAUAUAUUGCCCGCUGCAGUGAGAAGGUGAUCUGUAUGGCGAGGUAUUUAUUAGAACUCUCUCUGCUGGAGGCCGAGUGCGUUGGGUUUUAUCCGGUUCAGCUUGCUGCCGCAGCAGUACGUCUCGCUCGCCGUCUUGUUCCCGAACCUCAGACUCCAGAGAGCGAGACGUCAUGGUACAUCGCCUCCGCUAUACACCUGAACAGUGAGUCAAGCCUCUACCCGAUUAUGAGCAUAAUGAUGGCUGCUGCGUCUCGAGCUCACAGCCGAGAAACACGAGCAACGUUUGUUAAAUUUUCCACGAUGGCGACGCUGUGCGUGAGUCUGCAUCCUGGGCUGAAGAGCACCCCCGGUUUGCUGGGCCUUCGGACAUGAACUCUACCCCCUCCCCCCCCCCCCCCCCCCCCAAGCAAAGCUUGCAUACAGUUGUCGUGUGUGUAUGUGUGUGUUUAAUUGAUGUAAUGUGCGCUUUUAGGUCAUGAUGUUAAAAAAACAAAACACAAAAAUCUGAAGAAUAUGUAGGUAGUGUGAGACUGUAGGCUGAGUGGUUUUAAAUGUUCUGAAAUGUUUUCUAAAGUUAUAAAUAUGUGGGUGUA